AUGUUUAUUCGGAAGCUUUUUGCGACAGGGAUGCUUCCCCUUCGAUGGAUAAUGUUUAUCAUCCUUUGCUGGAAUUGUCAAGGUGAUCGUAAGAAGGCGACGGGGAAUUACUUACGGCACCUAAUUGGUGUUCAAAAUGUGAGUUUUGUUGGCCUUGUUGAGACCAAAAUUGAAUCAUUCUCUAGAACGGAAAUUGAUAGGCUUGUUGGAAGAAAUUGGGACUUCUAUUUUCAGCCUUCGGUUGGGAGGGCUGGCGGCAUUCUUGUUUUGUGGAAGAGCACGGUGGGAUCCUUCCAGGUUAUCUUUCAAUCCGCACAGUGUAUCAUGGGGAGGUUCUGCAAUUUGAGUGCCAUCACCUGGGAGGUGGCCGUGAUCUAUGCUGAUAAGGACAGAUAUGUGGACAAGAAGGGUGGUCGGCCGUUUACUUACACGGCGGCCGCUUGUGAGAUGGGUGAUUUUAUGGCUACCAAUGGCUUGAUUGAUCCUGGAUUUUCUAGUCCUGCCUUCACCUGGACGAAUAACAAGGAUGCAAGAAGAUGGAUUUCCUCCCGGUUGGACAGGUUUUUGAUCAGCUCUUCCAUCCUGGAUGUGUUUCAGGAAUUGCGGGUCCAACAUCUGAUGAGGCUUGCCUCGGAUCACUGUCCGAUCCUUUGCUCCACUCUUGAGCAGCAGCGGAGGGCUUUGUCCCACUGGAUUAGAUUCGAGGAUGUUUGGGCUGGUUUUCCCAAAGCUUGGAAUUUGGUGGCGGAUAAAUGGAUAGUUAAUGAUACUGGGUCCGAAGCCUCUAAGCUGCACAAGAAGUGCCAAAGGACCUUGAAAGCUCUCUUCUUUUGGAGCAAGAAAAAACUCAGGAUGCUAAACCAAUUAAAAGAUGAACUAGAUAAAGAGAUUAAGGAUUUACACGAGCUUCAGUGCUCUCCGGCUGGACUCUAUGAUGUCCAAUAUGAUGCCUUGAGGUAUAAGGUCCAGAUGAUGAAUUCUACCCUUGCCCGAUUAACGAUGUGGUGGAGACUGGGUGCGAACGUGAAGUGGAUUGAAGAAGGGGAUGGUAUUACGCACUUCUUCCAUUCGAUGGCCUCAGCUAGGCGGAGAUCCAACUCGAUUAAUAAGCUAAAGGACCGGGAUGGGCACACUGUCACUGAUCAAGCAGAUGUCAUGAGGGUGAUCCAUCAUUUUUUUGAGCAAAACUGGAGCUGGCUGCAAGUAACGGAAUCUGGCUGGCCUUGUCUUGACCCGCAUGCUGCAAUCUUAGGCCAUGUUGCUGAUAUGCUUGACAGGGAGGUUACUGAGGAGGAAGUUUGGGAUGUUGUCCGAGAGCUGGGACCGAACUGUGCACCGGGGAGAGACGGGGUGACGGUAUCUUUUUUUUAA